GUGUUUUAUUACGACUACCCUCGGAGAAAGAGAGAAGAGAGAGAGAGAGAGAGGGGUUCUCGUCACCGUCUUCGUCUAUUUAUUAUUUAUUUUAUUAUUUCCGGAAUCCUGCGAGAAAAACGAAAAAAACCGAGAAAAAUAGGAGAAAAACCGGAAUCUUAGGCGGAGAUCGUCUUCGAUUCGUCGGCGGAGGACCGCCGGAGGAGAUCGAGGCCGGGGAGCACGCGGCGGAGGAGAGGGAGAAGCGGCAGCGGCGGCGGCGGCGGCGUGGGCGGCGAUAGUGGUGUAGAUGAAACCCUAGGGAGAGUGGAGGAGGGAAGGACGGCGAAGGAUGAGAUCUUCUCUGGUGUGAAUGGAAACCCUAGCCCGGAACGGCAGCGGCCUCCAGACCGGAUCCGCGAGCGCCUCGCGAGACGAUCCACCGGCGGCAUUGGGCUUCGGCUUUUGCCUUCUCCGGCCGCUGACGGGAUCCGCUCCACCACGGUAUCGGUGGUUCGUAGGGUUUUGAUCGGUUUUUUUUCCUUUUUGUUUGAUUUUUGCGAGGUGGGGUCUGGGUGGGAGGGGAUGGGGAUCUCCGAGGGCGGAGAGGGAGGAGGGAUCGGCGUGGACUGCUCGGUGGGGACCAUCGUCUGGGUCCGGCGGAGGAACGGCUCGUGGUGGCCGGGGAGGAUACUCGGCCCCGACGAGCUGUCGGCGUCUCACCUUAUGUCGCCGAGAUCAGGGACACCGGUUAAGCUCCUCGGAAGAGAGGACGCCAGCGUGGACUGGUACAACCUAGAGAAAUCUAAACGUGUCAAGGCAUUUCGAUGUGGGGAGUUUGAUGCAUGUAUUGAGAGGGCCGAAGCUGCACAAGGCAUUCCUAUCAAGAAAAGGGAGAAAUAUGCACGCCGAGAAGAUGCUAUCCUUCAUGCUCUAGAGCUUGAGAAGAAGCAAUUUGAAAUGAAGCAGCAGAAGCCAGGGGUCGCCUCAAACAGUAUUGCAAAUAAAACUUCAGGUACCAUGAAAAAAGAAUAUGAUAACUUAUCUUCAGAAAUGUGCAUUAGAAAUGAUGAGCCUCAAGUACAUGGUAAAUAUACAAGUCACAAGCCUCAGAUACUUUCAAGAAGAGCAGGCUUGUCCCAUGAGGAAGAGAAUAUUGGCAAUCCCAUGUAUUUAGACAAGGGAAAAAAUAGUAACCAAUUUGGGCUUGAAGAGGAUAUUCCUGAAAAUGUUCCUAGGAUGAGAGGUUUGCAAGAUUUUGGCCUUCGAAUAGCUCCAUCAAAGAGAAAGCUGUCUCAUUCUGUUGAUAAUCACAUGGAUAUUUCUAAUGCUGGGCAUACAGUGGGAGUUGCGAGUCAUGCUGGUACCAGCAAAAAUUCCUUCCCUAAUAAAAAGAAAAGAUCACAGGGGGGUAUGGUUGAGGAGUUGCUUGUUAAAAAACGUGAUAGGCGUCGACCACUUAAUCAGGUUUUGCAGAGCAGUCCAAAAUUAACUUCUCCUCAUUCUUUUCAGCCUGAUCAUGAUAGUGGUGUUGUUUCAAUGCAUGGUGAAAAGGACCAUAUGGCUAUUAUAUGUCGGGCAAGAAGGAGCAGGUGCAUCUAUCUACCUGCUGAUUCAAAUGACUCUCUUGAUCCUGGUGGAUAUCCUUCGGAACAAACACCCACAACACUGUUUGGAAGGGACAACUGCCUUCAGCACCCUGCUACUUCAACAGAUGAAUAUACAUCUUCUGAGCUUAUGGAAGUAGAUGACUCUGAUUUUUCUGGAAGGACAUACCUUGAAACUGAUGUUGAAGAGGAAUCUAAUCUUUUGGAAGAUGCUGCGGUGUCAGGAGCGAAAAGCUGUGAGCCCUCUGAAUAUCAAGUUUCAGAAAAAUUCACAAAUGUGGACAAUAAUGAGGUGCCCCUUUCUAGUUUACAUCCUCAAGAGCACACUGCAGAUGUUUCUGCUGAGAUAGGAGUUUCCAAAUGGCAUAUGAAAAGGAAACGCAACAUUCGUAAUAUAGCAAAGCGCAGUGGUUCUGUACGAGGGACAACAUAUGAAAUCAAGGGAAGGGAAGCUUCCAGCCAGAGGACUUCGGUGCAUGGCUUCUACCAUAAAAAGGAGUUUAACUAUGCUCAUGAUGAAGCUGAUUUGAUUGGUAAGGAUCUGGGUCGUGCAGAAUUGACUGGGUACGGUAAUCGAAGAUAUUCUUCUGUUCUGAAAGCAGCUAGAGAUCAUGGGAGAAGUCACAUUAGCUUCAAAGAUUCUGACAAUGAUUCUCAUAUGAUUUCCCCAUCCGUCUGGAAAUCUGGAGGCCCACAUCAUGUGGCUCGAAGGGCAUACCAGGAAGAUUCUGACGAGUGUUAUGAGCCAGUUUAUGCUGCUCAUCUCAGUGACAAGAUGAGGCCUUUGCUGUUUGAUGUGGAUUUGAAGGUUCAAGCAAGUUAUCAAGGUGAGCAUGUUCCUCUGGUCUCUCUGAUGAGCAGAUUGAAUGGCAAAGCAAUUAUAGGGCACCCUGUUCAAAUUGAAAUACUCAAAGAUGGUUCCACUGAUCCACUUGUUUCUAGAAAUGUUUUUAGUCUGGAUGAAAACACAGCACACCCACCUGUCUGGAGGACUGCAAGAAGAACUGCCAUGCAACGAGUUCCUCGGUCUAACCCAUCAGCCUUGGAUGGUGAAGAUGCUGGUGGUCUUCCAUAUAGAGACAGAGAAAGCAAACCUCCACUCAAGAAAUAUUCUGGUCAUUUUAAUCAACAGGCCAAGUUGGUGAAGACGAGUAUCUCUCAGGCCCGCCAGCCGGCAACAGGAAAGUCCCAGAAGAAGAGUUCUAGAAGAGCAACUCCAUCUAGUCAGAAAACUAGAACUCUAUCUUCUAUUGGAACUGAACCGAAGUUUAGUGGUGAGAACAGGGGUGCAAAACCUGUUCGGGGUAUUAGUAUUUUGGGUGGUUUGAUUAAACCAGAGGGGACAGUGCCUCUGGUCACAUGUGUCCCUGUGAAGGUGGCCUUUAGUAGGAUUCGUGAAGCUGUAGGAAGGCCAUCUUUGGCUGAUCGUAUUUGGGUGGCCAGUCCAGCUGUGAAGGAUUAGGCUAGUUGUAGAUGGCAAUUUUGGCCACCCUUUGCUUGCAAAGCCUCGUGUACAAUUAAAAGUUUACAUAUCAAAUUGUCAGUAAAAACAUUUAUCAUUAGGUAGAUGAUGAUGAAAGCGAUAGUCUCUCCAAAGCUUAAUCCGGUGAUUCUGUUUGACCAAUGCCUUGCAAAUGAACCUGAUAGGCUGGUGUACAAUGUAUUAUGGCAAUCAUAUGUUUCUAUUCUGAUGGAGAUGGCGACUUGUGUAGUUGGUCUCUCAUGGCAGGGUCCUCCUAAGCACGGCAUGUGUUGCUGAUCUGGUAAUUGGGGUGGUAAAGGCGGGCCCAUUGUCCAGAUUGCAAUAUUUUUUGACCUUUGGGUUGGCUGACUUGAAUCUCUGUAAAGUACUAACUGCUCAUUUAGCAUAUUAGCUGGUUCCGCCUUUUGAUAUACAUAUAUACUUGAUAGACACCAGUUUAACUUAUUGCCAUUGUCUAGCUGCUUCAAGUGUGUACUGGAGUGUCUUUGAAGAAAUGAGCUGAGAGUUUCCUAUUUGCAUUUGUCACCCUGUCAGAAUCUUCUUUUUCUGCAUAAGAGGGACUGUUGGAAAAUCUUGUACUUCUGCUUCAGGUUCUUCCUUGUGUACAUAAACUUUGUUCUGUUUGUUUGUUUGUCAUGUGAUAAUAAGAUGAUAGCAGUAACUCUA